ACUCAAUUUCCCAGAAUCCUUUGCUCGAGCGGAAACGCCGGAGACUCCAUGGAAACGGAAAACCGGCGUGCUAGCUUGGGAGACGCUGCACUGUUCGCUUGCUAGUGCUAAUUCCGAUUCCAGAUUAUAAACCCUGCCAAGAUGAGCCGUACACCCGACGCGAGAGCGAGGGACAACCAGACAAGACAGAUCCAGGAAAACAUCACCAACGUGGAGAAACAUUUCGGAGAGAUGUGCCAACUGUUCGCCGCCUACGUGCGUAAAACAGCCAGACUACGAGACAAGUCCGAUGUCCUGGUUCGAGAAAUUGGCGUGUAUGCAGACACGGAAACUCCUCAGCUGAAGAAGGGUAUGAAGCAGUUUGCUGACCACCUGGCCAAGAUUCAAGACUACCGCCAAGCUGAGGUGGAACGACUCGAAGCCAAAGUCAUAGAGCCAUUAAAAAGCUACGGAGCAGUGGUGAAGCGUAAAAGGGACGAUCUGAAGGCAACACAGAGUGCCCGAGACAGAGAAGCCAAACAGAUGGCACAGCUUGAACGGACCAGACAGAGGAACCCCUCAGACAGGCAGAUCAUUUCUCAGGCUGAAAGUGAGCUGCAGAGAGCAACCAUGGAUGCCACACGGACCACCAGACAACUGGAGGAAACCAUAGACGAGUUUGAGAAGCAGAAGAUCCGAGAUAUCAAGAAGAUCUUUGGUGAGUUUGUGACGGUGGAGAUGUCGUUCCAUGCCAAGGCCUUGGAGGUGUACACCUUGGCCUACCAGAGCAUUCAAAGUGUGGAUGAGGAGAAGGACCUGGAGGUGUUCAGGAGCUCGCUGCACCCCCCUAACUACCAGUCACGCUUAGACAUAGUGCGAGCUAACUCCAAAACCUCCCUUGAUCGGACUGGGUCCUUUCUGAGUACAUCAGGUACCUUACAGCAACAAAGAGCCUCCAGUCGGCAGACAAGAAGCGAGGAGGAGGAAGAGGACGAUGAGGACGAUGAAGAUGAAUCAGAGGAAGACGAGGAGGAGGAGGAGGAGGACACGGAUGAUGAACAUUGAUUUUUUUUUGGUCUAAUUCUGUGUUUGCUGGUAUGAAAAAGGACACUUAAAGGAAACCGGUUAUUGCCAAAAUCCCCACACAGGUGGUCUGAGCAGUAUUGUAGCGCAAGCGUGCUGUAGCUAUGUUAUGCUUUGUAGGAGAACAUGUCCCUAACAUUCGUCUUUGACAUCCCAGCCAAUUAUUGUCUUCUAUUUUUUCUAUAAAACAUUGUCAGUGUACAUUACAUAUAUACAAUACACCUUCAUAUUGUUCUGGAUCUAUCAAUAUAUUUUAUUGCAAAAUGUUAUUCAUCUUCAUGAAUAAAAGAAAGAAAAUCCUA